CGGGUCUGUCGCAUCCUUUAAAACGUCAUCCGUGCGACGUCAGAUGAGGAAGUAAACAAACGAACGAGCCGCCGAUCGUAGCGUUUCUGCGCUAAAAUGUCGAUUUCAAACCCGAGACAGACGUUUCUAAACCCGUUGAUCCCCUUCGCUGGGACGAUCCUGGGUGGUUUGCUGCCAGGAGAGAUGGUUCUCAUCCAGGGCUCAGUGCCGUUUGAUGCUGACAGGUUCCAGGUAGAUUUCACGUGUGGCAGCAGUGUGAAGCCGAGGGCCGACGUUGCGUUUCACUUCAACCCGAGGAUUAGGAAGUCGUGUAUCGUCUGCAACACGCUGCAGAAGGAGCGCUGGGGCCGAGAGCAGAUUCUGUACCAGAUGCCCUUCAAGGCCGGGGCUGCGUUCGAGAUCAUCGUCCUCAUCCUCAAAGACCAGUUCAAGGUGGCCGUGAACGGAGCUCAUGUGUUGGAGUAUAAACACCGAGUGGACCUGGACCGAGUCGACACCAUCCUCAUGUCCGGAAAAGUGAAAAUUCAGGCUUUGGGCAUCGUGGCCCCGAGUUCAAGUGCUGUCUCUCCUGCAGCCAGUCUGACCACUCAGGACUCAGAGAUGAACCAGAUAAUUUCCUCAUCAGGCGACUUGAGCGUUCCCUUCAGAGGGCAGCUGCUCAAGGGGCUGAGCGUCGGACGCAGCAUUGCAGUCAAAGGAAAAACCAAUCAGAUCGCACACAGUUUCUGUGUGAACCUGCGAGUGUCGAGCGGCAGCGACAUCGCUCUUCAUCUCAACCCUCGUCUGAAGAAAGAGGUCUUCGUCAGGAACUCCUUCCUGUCUGACUGUUGGGGCCCCGAGGAGACGAAGUUGGCCUCCUUCCCCUUCGCUGCAGGACAAUACUUUGAGAUGAUCAUUCUGUGUGACUCUCAGCACUUCAGAGUCGCCGUCAACGGCGUCCACCAGCUGGACUACAAACACCGAGUCCAGGACCUGAUCCGCAUCGACCAGCUGGAGGUGAUGGGAGACGUCUCGCUGCUCGACGUCAAGAUCCUCUGAAUGUUAUUUUUUAGCAAUAAAACGUCAGACGUGCUGGUGUUUUCGAUCAAUAUCAUGUCUUUGAAUGUUUUACAACCUAAACCCUUGAAGCCAUAAAAUCAAGUCCUAAUGAGUUUGAACGAAACUGGCAGCCAGAAGCACAUAAAACCAUUGAUCCUCUUUAAUUUCUGCUCAAGCACUUUCUGAAACCUCAACUCAAGACCAGAUUUAUCAUGGAGAUGUUAAUUUGAGACUAAUAAACUUACUAUGUGAAGCUGUA